AUGACAGAAGCAAAUCCUGCUGUUCCUAAGUUCGCAUCUUUCCGGUCUAAUAAGCCCUCUAGCAUAGUUGUCGACCUCAAACAGGAGGAUGAACACAAACUAACGACAAGAGGCAAACAACAUCUCCAGGAUGAAGAUCGUCCAAAGCUUCAUCGUCGACGCCACAGAUCCAGAAGUAGAGAGAAAUACAGAUCUAGGAGCAAGGAAACUUCACAUACACGUGACUCGCGCCACAGAUCUAGGAGUCGAGAGAAGCACAGAACUACGGAGAAGGAAAAUGGUGAAAGAUAUGGCUCACGUCGUAGAUCUCGGAGUAGAGAUAGUCGCCGGUCUGAUCAUCGAUCUAUGAAUAAAGAUCAAAUUCAAAGAAACUCGAAAGAUGAUGCAAUAAAACAUCAAUCAGAGAUACCCGCGGCUGAGGAAGUUUCAGACAUCUAUGUGAUUGACAGAAAAGGAGAUGAGAAUAAUUUGGUGUAUGGAAGCAACCACCGCUACAGUGUUCCACCUUUUCAUCGAAUUGGAGCAGGCCGUGUCCUAGGUGCACCUCGAGACACAAAAAUUGACAGAGAAUAUGGAGAUGAUAAGGGUAUUGUGCUUAUCAAUUUGAGAGAAUUCAGAUCAAAUAAUCGGGAGAAGUACAUUUUAUCUAAAGUGGAGAGAGAUAGACCUCGCCUCUUGAAGAUUCGCCCAGAAGUUCUGGUCGAGGAGUCUUUCUUACACGGUGAAGAUUUUGUUCCACUUCAGAUUAACAGAGGCCAAAAACGAAAAAGAGCAAAUCGAGAAUCAGGCUCAAGUUCCAAUUCUGAGGAUGAUGAUACCCAUUACCGUUCAAUACAGGGGAAAGCAAAAAUAUCCAAUCAGCCCCAGGAUGACGCUUUUCAGUAUGCUUCGGAUAGCGAUUCGUCAGGAUCUGACGCUGGUCGAACUAUGAGACUUGAAUCUUCGAUCAAACAAAAGAACGUAGAGCUCUCCAGCCAAAUAGAGCAGGCCCCAGGUGAUGUACAUGCGUGGUUUGCUUUAAUUGAGCAUCAAGAUACGCUUUUAAAAGCAGGGGAUGACCAUCGCCGCAUCACUAAUGCAGAAAUCAGGAGUACGGCAGAUAUCAAAAUCCACAUGUAUGAAAAGGCUCUAGAUAAGGUACAGAACUCGAAGGACCGCGACAGGCUACUGCUGGGUCUAAUGGCAGAGGGUGCAAAGAUAUGGGAAGUCAAAGUCCAGGCGGAGCGGUGGGCACAGAUUGCCAAAGACAACAUCGAUAGUCUCGUCUUGUGGAAAAAUUACUUAGAUUUCAGGCAAAACAACUUUUCAUCAUUCAGAUAUGAGGAUGUUCGUGAAGUAUUUCUCGGUAGGAUUCGUUCUUUGAAAGGUAGUAUCAGCGCCGCACCUGGAUGGGCUCAGAGCGACAACGGCCCAUCUAGACCAUAUGUGGAAUCACUUUACCAACAGCUUCUUUAUGUUGUUCUUAGAGCCACUCUUUUCAUCCGUCAAUCGGGUUUUACAGAGCUAGCAGUGGCAAUCUGGCAGGGUGUCAUGGAAAUGAAUUUCCAAGGACCAGAAUCUAUACAUACCGAAUACGAGACUUCUACACUGACAGAAAACGGAAUACUCGAAUUGUUCGGAGAGUUUUGGGAGGCAGAAGUCCCACGGAUUGGGGAGCUAUGUUCUCUGGGUUGGCAAAAUUUUACAGAAACUGGCGAUGAUUCAACAAUCCCGGAUGCCCAGACUGAUGAAUCAGAGAUGUCACUUAGUGGCCAAGACCUCUUCAAAAGUUGGGUCAUCGCAGAAUCUUCUCGCAUAAAGGUUUCGAGGAUUCCUGCAAGAACGAUGGAUGAUACUGUGGAAGAUGACCCUUAUAGAGUUAUUCUGUUCACCGAUAUCGAGAACUUUCUAAUACUAUUGCCAAAAUCUGCUGCAUCCCUACGAAGAUCCCUUUUGAAUGCAUUUUUGAUAUUCUGUCAUCUGCCGUCUAUGCCUAGUCAGGACUACGAGACAAGUUUGGAUUGGAUCUGUGAUCCUUGCUUGUACAAUGAGAUGCUUGACUACGAUUCGGAAUGGAUCAAAGAGAAGUACUUUAGAAACCCUACUGAUGACUUGAUCGACGGUGGAGAAUCCAAAGCAUCAUCAAUCUUCACAACUUCUACGAUAAACUUCGCAAUGGCGCCAGAAUCAAUGUUCAGCGACAAUUGGUUUAGCAGCUUCAGACCAUGGCGAGAAUUAUACGGCAGCGAGGACAAUGGGCCUAUUCCUUAUGCUUGGGUUCGCAACACUUUGAAGCAACUCACACAAGCAUAUCCAAUAGUCGACUUUGCAGAAUACUACCUAGCAUUUGAAUGGAUCAACGAACCCGGUACCAUCAAAAAAGUUGCCAAAACUCUUCUCAAACAGCAUUCCUCCAAUCUCAAACUUUACAACGCAUAUGCCAUGAUCGAAUGGUCAAAGGAUAACCAGGAAAUUUCAAAUGGAAUCUACAAAGCCGCUUUAGGAAUGAGCAAAUCCACGUCUACCUCGCCCGAGACCAACGAUAGCAAAGAUUCGAUCCACCUCUGGAAAAGUCUAAUCUGGGCUUAUCUCUCAGCCGGAUCCAAAGAAACAGCACUAUCACAUCUUAUUUCAAUCCCACACGGUGCCCCCAUUCCCAUCGAGCUAACUCCCACAACCCUUCUCAAAGCCCAACAACAUCUCUCCUCAGCCCGCGACCAUCUCAUCUAUACAAACCAUCCUACAUACGCAGUCAUAUACACCGAAAUUCUCGCCCUCCUCAAAUACCUAACCACUACCUCCACCACAGCCCCCCAGUCACCUCAACAAGGAAACAUAACCUCUGCCCUCGAAAUCCUCACUACCUUCUCCACACAACUCUCUUCCCGCACAAACUCAGGUUCCAAAUCAAACUAUCCACAAACUCUCCUCCACCAAUCCACAGCCCGUCUUCUACACCACCACGCAAAAUUCGGUCCCUAUCGUCCUCGAACCCUUCAUGAGCAACUCACACAUUCAUUGAGAUUAUUCCCAAACAACACAAUCUUCUUUUCUCUUCUUACUUCACCCGGUUUGGGUACGAUGAGACUUAUCAGUCCGGUUGCGAUGAGUACGCUAUUUGGGGAACUUUUGGAUUCUUCUUCGACCCAUCUUACUCCACUUCCCCUCUACCUCCACAUCAUCCACCACCAUCUCCAACACCCACAAUCCUCAACUCCAAAUCUCAAUAUCAUCAAUUCAGCCUUCGUUUCUGCUCUCAAUCUUAAGGGUUCCAAAACGGCUUCGAAUUCUUCACUAUCAUCUUCUCCUUCGCUUUGGAAACUAUAUCUGUUAUUCCUCGAUAUGUAUCCGCAAUUUCUUCCAUCCUCAUCCUCAUCCUCAUUCUCCAAAGCAAUGAACCUCAGAUCUAGCAAUAAAAAUUUUUCCAGAGAAAUAAAUACCCAAAGAGCAAAAGCAACAAUAGAAAUCUGGAAACAGGCAAUAUCAAAGGUUCCAUGGUGUAAGGAGAUUUAUAUGCAGGGUUUUGAGAGUAUAUGUAAAACGAGGGGAGAGGGAGAAGGCGAGGGAGAAGUAGAAGUAGCAGGGAAAAGAGAUGAGGAGAUCGAUAGGCAAUUAAAGAAUAUAUGGAGGGUUAUGGGGGAGAAAGAACUGAGGGUUCAUGUUGAUCUAGAGGGGGUUUGGGAUGCGGAGGAUUAG